AUGGAUAACCAGGGUGGUGAUUUGGUGCUGGAGGGGUCGGACGACAUGGAGGAGGAAGAGGACGAAGAGGAGGGGGAGAAGGAGGAGAAGAAGGACGAGGAGGAGGAGGAGGAGGAGGAGGAUGAGGAGGAGGAGGAGGAGGAGGACGAGGAGGACAAGGGCUGGGAGAACACUGGGGCUGGGGCAGCUGUCGCGGUCGCGGCUGCCGGGAAGUGUAUUCGUCGUCUCACUGCAGCACUAUCCCCUCGUGCAAGAAGCGCGGCCUCAUCGGGCGAGGUUGCGCUCAAGAGGCUGGUUACGGGGAAGAGGAAAUUUGAGGAGCUGGUUCAGAUGAAGCCUGGUAUGCAGGCCGAGGAAAUUCUUCGCCUGGACGAGCAGGUGCAGACACAGAAGCGCCGUAUCACCAAAGUCGAGGCUCGCGUGUUCGAGAAGGGCAGUGGUGAUGCAGCUGCGCUGGUGAUCGGUCGGUGGAGAGAGAAGGAGUCGGCCGAGGCCGCGGACAAGGAGACAGGGAAGAGGGCCGUAGUGCUGAGGGCUGAAAGCAGCCGGGAUGGGAAGCGGCAGAAGGGUCCCGCGGUCCCGAGUGUUACGGACAUCUUGAAGAGCAAGGGGGGCGCGGUUGCAACGCGUGUAUCGCAAUAUGUUGCGGCACGGUCGAUCCUGCAGGGAACCACUAUGGAGGAUGCUGCUGCGAGACCACCGCCUACGCCCGUAGCCGUGGGUAAGGGCAAGGGUAAGGUCGAGGUUGCCGCGCUGGCCACCACCACCACCAACACUGCUGUCAUGCCUGCGGCUGGCAACACCAACACCAACGCUGCCCAUCGCGGUCACGUGGGAAUGCUUGUCCCGGUAGCAAUCGCGAACGCGUCUGGACAGCCUGGACCCAGCGCGACCGCACCUGCAUUACCCCCCGCUGCAGAUGUCACUGUCAAGGCGAAGAAUCAGGGCCGUAGAGGUUGUAAGCCGCCUGCACCCGCGAUGAAACCGAACGAUGACGACAACUCCGACGAGGACGAUAAUGUUGAGCUGGUGCUGCAAAGGUUCAUUGGUCCGAGCAACAUCGGCGGCAAUAGCGGCAAGAGAAAGGGCUGUGGUAGCCGCAAUCCGCCCAGGGGUGGAGGGGGGAUGGUCGGGGAACCGUGGCUGGGGGGGAGACGUCGGUGGCUAGGACAUCACUCCCUCGCAGAGGUGCACUACCUCACCGCGAUCGCUAAGAUGUGUUACGAGAAGAGGGUGGACGCCGGGCUUAAGCUGACUCCGUAA